AUGAAGGGGUCUGCUGCCGCGCAUAUCCUCGAGCGUUUCGCGCAUUUCGCGAUUACCACCUUUCUCGAGACUGAGCCGGAAGCCAGCUCCUUCGCUCCAUCCAUCCCCUCACCAGACAUCCAUCUAUCCUACCGUUCAUCCUACCGUUCAUCCUACCAUUCAUCCUUCCAUCUGCACGCCCGGCUCUGCGUCAAACUGAGGACAUUUCAACCGUGCGCACUCGCACGGCUCGUGAUGGAUUCCACCGAUUCGGCUGCAAAGCCAGCAGCAUCGACCUCUUCCCGGCCUCCGGCAGCUGCAGAGGCAGGGAAGAUGGCGUCAGCAGGAUCCAGCAAUGCCGGUUUCCGAAACAAUCCACCAGAUGACGACGACGAAGAGGAAGAGGGUAUGCUCAAAGUCGACGAAGAAGGCCAGAUCGAGGACGACGGUGCCGACCAGCAGGUGAGCCCUCCUUCCUACCGUGGGGAUGGUGCGCGUCCCAUAUCCCUUGCUGAUCGUCUGACGCCACUUCCGGACGCUUCUGCGGCAAAGAACGGCGGCGCAGGACCCUCACACUCCAACGGCAGCGGCUACGUAUCUCCCAGGCACAUGAACUUGGACAGAGAGCGCGACCGCGACCGCGAUCGGUAUCUCGAAACUUCACCCGGUCCAUCCUCGGCAUUCGGCGCCUCUCGCUCACGAUACGGCCACCCUUCCGACACUGCCGGCGCGUAUGGCGCACCCGCUCCGUACUCGUACCCGUCUGGACACCGCGACCCCCACCGUGCCGACUCCUUCUCUUCUGCUUCGCGAGCCGGCUUCAGCGCAGCCGCAGGGGCAGCUCGUGCCGACACCCGGCGAGGAUGGUAUCCUCCGGCCACUGCGACACGGGGUCCUGACACAUAUCGCCCAGGUGCCGUUCGAGAACGCGAACGAGAUCGCGAGUGGGAGUCGUUCCGGGGUGAGCGCGAAUGGUCGGCCAUCGACCGGGACCGAGAGCGGGAAGCGUACCGAGACAUGGUGGACAAGCGUCGCGACUGGCCGGCUCGAGAAAGAGGUUCUGCGCCCUUCAGCUACGAUAUGGCCGACCCUAGUGCUCCUUAUCCACCAUCCACCAGCAGCAAGUACAGCUCGCGCGAUCCUCCAGGCCGCCGGCCCCUGUCACCACAACCGCUUUCAGCACGCGAGCGCGACUUCGAAGCCGAUCGGUCUAGAGACCGUGACCGCGAGCGAACUAGCGAUAGAGACCCUCGCAUGCGUGCGUCUAGCUCAGGAUGGAGCAACGGCAUGCGGCAAUGGGGCAAGCCAUCCGACGCAGGCUGGGACAAUCGCUCCACCCGACCCCCGACCUCCGACGACGCACGCUCCGAUGCAUCGCAACGUCCGUCGUUGUCGCGAUCCAACAAUACGCCGCCACCCGCCACCUCGAGCGAAGCACCCGGCCGGCCAAUCGGCUCGGACAACGCCUCGGUCAAGAGCGAGAAUCGCAGCAGGGAGAUGACGCCGCAUUCGCAGUCGGCGUCUCAUGGAGGCCGCGCUCGGUCAGCCGCUACAGAAGCACCGGGCAAGGGCGCGACCGACCGCGAUGGCGAUGGCUCUACUACUGUCGUCAAGAAAGAGACUGUCGAGCAGGAACUUUCUGCUUCCGAGCAGCCGUUCGCGAAGGCCGACGCGGGAUCUGAUUCGACAGCACCCGAGACUGCGUCCACUGCCAAAGCUGAGACAGAAGCAGCAAGUGAAGUAGCGAAGCCCGAGCCGACGUCUGCACCACCAACGCAAAAGGAGCAGCCCUCGUCGGACAAAGCGGCGGCAUCUUCUGAGCCGCCGGCGGAAGAGCUUCAAGAGCAAUCCGAGGAGGCAACCGAUGCUGCGACGAACGAGCGCGCGCAAGAGACCCCUGCGGCACCCGGUUCUACAGACGCACAGAGUGGUACCGCGCCUGCCUUAGUUGCCGAGGCUGCAGCCGAUCAGCAACCAACAUCACUCGCAUCGGAAACAACUCACCAAGCGAAGGAGGACGAACUAGCGGCCGAAUUCGCUGAGAUGCCGCACAAGGACAUCGCAUUGCACGAAGAGAAGGGAGAGGCGAACGUCGCGCCAGCCAUUGCGGAGGCCGAGCCGAAAAGCACAACAGUGGAAGCGCCAGAGGCAAGCGAACCGACCGGCGACGAACCUCCUGCAAAUGCCGAGACUUCGUCUGCCGACCAGAAUGUCUCCAGCGAUCAAGAGCCCGCAGUGGAUGCUGCUAAUGAUGCGGUCAUCAGUGCGGGUCCCACCGCGCCUGAGACGCAGGACAUUUCUAUGGAUACCCAACCUGCAGAGCCGCUCACAGAUGCAGAUGACGCAAGGUCAAAGCCACAGCCAAGUCAGGCGUCGCCGAUAGAGGCCGUUGCGUCGACUGAAACAGACCAAAUCAGCGGCCCAGCGGAAACCCCCUCCACUGAUGCGGCACCAGCACGUCCCGAGGCACCCGUUCCUUCGGAAAGCGUCCAGGCCCCCGAGCAACCAGUGUUCGAGCCGAAAGUCGUGGACACCACGGAUGUCGACAUGGCGGAUGCGGUGCCAGAACAACCCUCUGCAUCUACAGAUGUCGUCGUUCCGCAAGCAGACGCUUCGGCGCCCACAACCAGCCCCAAUCAGAUGUCGAAGGCAGAGCCGAAGGAGUCUGUGAACGAACCGACCACACAGGACACACAGCCUCGUCUGGAACAAGAUGUGGAUAUGUCUCAAGAGCCCGCUUCCGAGCCCUUGCUUGCGGCUGACAACAGCGUCAGGAGGGUUUCGGAGCCUCCAGUAGGCGACAUCGAGAAGCCUAUGCCUGUUGACGACAAGCUACAGGAACAAGAAGCGGAGGUGCAGGCCCCAGCCGAGCAGCCCACAGCUGUGGCUUCAGUGAUUGAGUCGAGCGCUGUUUUGCCAGGCACAGACGUCGGCCCGAACGCUGAUGAUGCUAGCACCAGCAAAGUGGCGCCUGGUACCGAGACGACCGCUCAGCUGGACGUCAAGGUGGAGGAAAGCGCGGUCCAGGGCGCGGAAGACGUCGAAAUGCAAGAAGCAAAGGCAGCUGACAAGCCCGUAUCAAAUGGUCUAGCUGAAGCUCCUCAGGCUGCGCCACCGGCUACGGUCUCGGACGAGGUCGUCCCCACGAGCGAGGCAGCUGCUCAACAACCCUCUCAGACCCAAGUCUCGGGUCCGCACGUCACCGCUACGAUCGACCACGAGAAGCACACAAAGGAGAUCACCCUGCCCCAAGUCAACUACGGCGACGACAAGCAAGCACAGGCGCUUGUGCAACAGGAAAACGCUCGAAUCGAGGAGGUCGAGAUGCCGUCCGAGAACCACAAGCCCGCGCCGUUGCGCAUCGCCGAGGCGGACGACGAGACGCAGGUGGAGCCGCCCCUGAUGACGCCCACAACGCAAGAGCAACUCGAACGUUCCAUCAGGUCGGCUGUGCGACUGCACAUCCACGAGUUCGCGCCUGGUCAGGACGACUGGAAGAGGAUCUUGAAGGAGAACCAGCGCGUCGCGCAAAAGACCACGAUGGACGUGCUCACUGCCAGAAUCCAUGGCAUCCCUCAGAUUGUCAGCUCGGGAAAGCCCUUGUGGCUCGACGAGCAGGACGGACUGACCGAUCAGACCAAGGCAGUCCUGUUCGACCGUUUGCUCGACCGCAAGAAGAGGCUCAACGAAAAGACGGAGAGUCUUAAGAAGCGCUACCGCAGCAUCAACGAAGAGUGGAAGCAGCACUGCUCCCGUCUGGACCGCAUCGCCGAGCGUCGCGAGAUGGCGCGAAGACCGCCAGCUACCACGCCAGCUGGAACACCAGGUGCAUUUGGAGGUGUCGAAGAUCCCACACCCGGCUCCGCGGGCGCAAGUCUGCUCGGCGCAUCGUUUGCGACCGGCAGAGCAAACCGACGAAGCGCGCAGGCAGGUUUUGCUGGAUUCGGCGACGCAGUCCGAUCGGAAGCCGAGUUCCUCGAGAUCUUGGCUAGCCUGGAGAAUGCGGACAUGCAAGAUCCAAACAUGCGUGCAGCUCGCACCACGGCAACCGCUCCCGAUAUGUACAUCAACCCGGACUCGGACCAGCCACUCAAGCUUCGAUACGACGACAUCAACGGCUCCGUCGCCGAUCCUCUCGCGUUCUACCUGGACGAGUUUGAUCCGGACUUCUGGUCCGAGGAGGAGAAGGCGAUCUUUGCUCGACGCUAUGCGCUCUGGCCGAAGCAGUUUGGCAAGAUCGCUCAAGCGCUGCCUCACAAGACGCCGGCGCAGUGCGUGCGCUACUACUACCUCAACAAGAAGCUGCCGGGCAACGAUUUCAAGGCGCUCGCCGCCGCUCGCAACAGAGAGAGGAAGCGCAAGGCGCGUGUCAAGCCCAAGAAGGUCAAGGGCAGUGCGCUCAUGGCGGACCUGAAGUCGGCCAAGGGCGAGGAGGUGGACGAGGUGGAAGACAGCCCGGGCAUGAGGUCGCCCAUGGAUGCGACCGACCCGUCCGGAGUAUCGGCGGACGUGCCUGCAUCUGCCAAUUCACGCAGGGGCGGUCGCUCUCGCCUUGGCCUCGCGGCUGUCGACAGUGGCGCAGGUGCCCACUCGGACGACGCGGCAACAGGCCGUAAGCGCCAUGUCGACCAGAUCGAAUCCGAGUCUAGCCCGGCCGAGACCAAAGCAUCGGAAAAGCGCAAGUCUGGAUCCAAGUCGAAGCGGGCCAAAUCGGACAGCGCGAGCGCAACGGACAAGUCGCGCAAAUCGAAAGCAGGAGGCAAGAAGGACAGCGCGGCAGUCGAAGACAGGAAAGGCUCGACCGCAGCGCCCUCCCCCGCGGUGGCGAAGACAGAGCCGUCCGACGUGCACCCGGAGGCAGACAGUGCAGCUCAGCCUGCUGCUGUCACGGAUGCAAGUGCACCCGUCAAGGGCAGCUUAGAAGACAGCGACUUGGCCGCAGCCGAAGCGCUGGGGGCGCUCGCUGGACUCUUCGGAGCCGCGCCCCCUAGUGAGGCAGGCGUUUCGUCAGCUGCACCCGCCUCUUCUGACCCGACAGCGAUUCCGCUCGAGGCCAAAGCAGGCAAGAAGCGACGCAGCAAGACGGCAGCGCCCGGCGAGGACGCUGCGGCCGAGGGCACUCCCAAAGGACGAGGACGACAACCGACCUCGUCAUAUUGGUCUGUCGCCGAGCGGUCCGAGUUCCUGCGCGCUCUGGUGGUUCACGGACCGAGAUGGGAUGUUGUCUCGUCGACGCUGGCGCAAAAGUCGGCUGCGCAGGCGAGGAACUACUUUGCGCGAAACGAGAGCGAGCCCGACUUUGCCGAGGCGGCGGCGCUUGCGCGCAGCCACGCCGAGCUGCCCGUCAGCGAGCGCGAGGAGGCCGCGCUGACGUUUGUGCGACAGCGUUUUGCCAACAAUGCGGCAGCUGCGGCUGCGUCGGCUGCGCCCAAUGCCGCGACGAACAUGGCGGGCGGUGGUGCCGGGUUCAACGGCGACGUGCCUCGCACCACGCAUCUGCCGCCUCCGCCGGGCAUCGUCACUUCGCAGGCUGAUGGCCCGGAUGUCAAGAUGCGCGAAGGGUCGCCCGAGGUCCUGGUGCAGCGACGCGGACUGCAGAUCAACUCGCUGCUCAACGACACGAGCGACACACAUGUGAAGCGUCGAUCGUCGCUGCACGAGUGGCAGGAGCAACGAGAGGUGGCCGCACACGCUGGAGCGGGCAGAGAAGCGUCGGUGCCGCCUGCUCUGUAUGCGCGACCGCCGUUCGAGCUGGAGCGUCGACCGGUUACAGCCGAGGCGCCGCGUCCGCUCAGCUCGGACGGUCGUCCUGGGUUGGAGGAUGUGGCGUCGCGGCCGCGUGUGUACGAGCGCGAGGGCAGCGUCGAUUCUCGGUCGUGGGCGUACGAGGCGCCGUACGAAGCUCACCGUCGACCUUCGCCUUCGCCGGGCUACAGCGCGAUGGCGCCGCCGCCGCGGCCGGGCGAGCGCAGCAUGGCGGCAUCGCGAUAUCCGGGGCCGCCGAGCGUGGCUGGGCCUGGGCAUGUGGCGAGGUCGGUUCCGCCGCUGUCGACGCAUGCGCACGCGAGCGACGAGGCCGAGCACGAUCGCGAUCGUUCUCUGUACGGCACGUACGGCGGUGCGGGCCGGACGCGCGAGUACGAGGCGCACAGCAUGCCGCCUGCGGUGCCGGGUGAGCUUCGCCACGGCAGCGGCGAGCAAGUUUCGCCGACGGGCGCGAGCUUCGGAGCGGGCCAUGCGUACGGGAGGUAUGCGCCGCCGAGCGUGGGGAGCAUCUACGCGAGCAGUGCGGCGGCUACGACGGCGCUAAGUGCACGAGGCCGGUCGGCGAAUGGUCCGCUGACCGCACCGCUGCCUGCGACGUCGGAGCGGCCGGCGUACGAGCAGAGGUGGCAGAGGUACUCGCAGUCGCCCGGUCCGCCUGGAACUGCGGCGGCCAGCAGUGCAGGCAGCGGCAUCGCGGGUGGGUUCUCGACCGGCAGCGCGUACAGAUCGUCGGCGAGUGCCUACUCGAGCUUCCCGUCGCAGAGUCUGCCGCGGCCGAGCCUGCCGUCUCUGUCGGCGGGCGCGGCCAAGGGCGCACCGCAUCUGCCGUCGUUGGGUGCGGCGGGUCGGUCGUUGCCGCCGAUUUUGGGCUCGUUCCCUGCACCGGGUCGCGGGUUGGGCGGAGCAGCACGGCCGGCGGGUACGGGCGAGGAGGCGAGGUACUGGCCGUACCCCCAGCGUCCGCGCGGACACGAUGCACCGAACAGGAACCCAGAAUGA